CAUAUUACAGACAGAUGGCGAAUUGUUAUGUUUGCACAGGUUAUUUCCUCAUUUGUCAGAACUAAAUAUGGUGCAUACUCACAUUGGAUUGUGUUUUCACGUAUGCAAAGAAAUCAGCAAUCUUACAGAGUUGAAGAGUGUCGCUUUGUCUGCGUGCUUGGCAACGAAUAUUUGUUGUGAAAGAGAGAGAAAUCAAGAAAAAACGUCUCCACUAUGGAUCGUAGCAAAGAAGUGUUGUAAGCUAAAUAAACUAGAAAUAUAUGGAUGCCAGCGGUGCAAGAGUCAUUCAACCAGGUAUGGCUGCUCUUAUUGUUUUAGAAGAAAGUUAUAUCGAGAAUUUGAUUUGUACAGUUCUAUUAGGCAUAUAAUAAUUUAUUUCGUUCUCUAUGUCGAAUAAUUGUA